CGUCUCUCCCCUGAGCAGAAGGCAAGGCAAGGCAGCAGGAGCCGCAGCAGCCGGGGGGGGGGCUUCAUGUAAACACGCCGCGCACAGGGCUUUGUCUCACACACACUCCGAUGGUAUCCCCCCUCUAGUCAUGCCAUGGAUAUUUUGUGGCAAUACCAGUUCAGAAUUAUCUUACUCGGGGAUUCGACGGUGGGGAAGUCGUCGUUGCUGAAACGCUUCACGGACGGGAUUUACAGCGAUGUGGCGGAUCCGACGGUCGGCGUAGAUUUCUAUACCCGAACGCUUGAUAUCGAGUCUGGGAUAAAAAUAAAGCUCCAGCUCUGGGACACCGCCGGCCAGGAACGAUUCAGGUCCAUCACAACAUCAUACUACCGUAAUUCUGUGGGCGGGCUACUAGUCUUUGAUCUCACCAAUCGCAAGACCUUUGACCAUGUGAGGGAGUGGCACAAGGAGGUGAGUGAGCACAUCCUGCCUCACCACAUGGUCUACAUCCUCAUCGGUCACAAGAGCGACCUCAACAAGGACCGCAAGGUGAGCCGGGAUGAGGCAGAGCAGCUGGCGGCUGAGCUGGGUAUCCGCUACGUGGAGACAUCAGCCAAGUGCAACAACAAUGUGGACCGGGCCUUUGAGCUGCUGACCAGAGACAUCUACGAGCUGAUGAAGAUGGGGGAGAUUGUUACCCGCGACGGCUGGGAUGGGGUGAAAAGUGGCCUCUCCGCCAAGGUCCUCUACACAGAAGAAGAACUAGCUACCACAACCCCCGAAAAGGGCUGCCACUGCUGACUGAGAACUCUUCAUCCAAACACUGUCUUGUCACACCAAGAGCUCACCUCGUCACAGCUGUCCAUCAAAAUCAAGUCACUCAGGCUCUGUCACGUCCUCACCUCGUGCUUCGUGCCCUUUUUGUGUGUGGGUUCUUCUGACAACUGGGAUUAUUUUACCUGGCUGUGUAUCCUAAUGUGUACCUUAUAGGCAAAAUGUGUCUCUAAAUUCAUGUGGUGUUAGCAUGAGCCAACCUGUUCUAGGCCUCGUUAGAUUCAGAAAACACAGAAAGUGUACAGAGCUGAUCAGGUCUUUGGCCUUGGGAGUGCGGCCAGUACUGCUUUUCACUUUUCCCUGGAGUGAAGGGACUACAGAGUUUACUGAAGGUGUGGAUGAAUCCAUGGACUGUGACUUGCUGCAGUCUGGCAUCCGUUGCUGGUUUCUAUCUGUCAAAGUAUGUGCAAUGCUUUGCCUGCAGUCUUUCGUGAACUGUAAUAUUGUAAAUAACAGUGAAAUUUAUAGAAAGCUAAAAGGUCACUGAAAGCUAUGUAACUGAUAGUGUGAACAGACACAAAAAGCUCUACGAUAAGCGUCACCAUAUGAAAUUAAUGUGCUCCUCCUGCUAUUGUAAGCUGCGUGUGCACUCAUGCCAAACUGACUUGAACCUGGUCAUUCUGUGAACACAAGAGUAAGGAUUUGUAAAAAAAAAAAAAAAAAAAACAAGAAACAAAAAAAAAAGAAAUAGAUUAUUUGUGGGUGUAUAGGCCACUGUAGGAAAGGUAAAUGAGACCCAUUUAGGUAUAUAUAUAUAUAUAUAUAGCAUAAACAGCAAUACAUCGAGUGUCUCACUUCUCAGUCAUGGACUUUCAGACCUUUAUUGACUUUAUCAGCAGCAAGAUGUGUGCGAUUCAGAACAAAACAGCUGUUUCUUUUGUUCAAAGCUCAAUUCACCGAAAUGAUGUUUCAUUCAGACAUGAGCCAUUGAUGGAUGCCAGCUCAUUAAAUGCAAUGGUGCGGAUAUAUGUGCUGCUUUUGUGUAUAGGCUUUAUGAUGUGUCGGAGGUGUCAGUAGAAAAUUUGUGUUCGAAUCUGGAGAAAAAACCUUGAGGAUGCCACAUUGAAAUGGCAGCACACACUGCAAUUAGUAUUUCUUUGAACAUGGUUACUGCAGUCCUCCACACCCCUGACAGUUCAGUUUAUGUGGGGCUCAGCAGUCCAGGGAACAUGCCAUGAAACCACAGCACCCUGGAUUUGGUUUUGACAAGGUAUCUUUGCUGCAUGUCAUGUCAUUGCCUCUCUCACUCAUAUUUCCUUUAGCUUCUUCCCUGUGUGACAAACUACCUGAUUUGAUAUUUGCAAAGACUUAAAACAAUAGAUUGAUGUUUUGGGAAAUAAGCAUUCUUGCCCUCUUUCAAAGAGUUGGAUGAAAAACAUUAUGAACUGUCUCAUUUCUGUGUAUUAAGUGGCACUAUCGGGGAAACGGAGGCAAAUAGCCUAGCUUAGCAAUACAAGUGAAGUGGGGUAAACAGCUAGCCUGGCUCCCCCUAUAGGUCAAAAAUACACCUCCAAAAAACUCAAAAGAAUGUAUGGUUUUCAAGGGAGUGGCGUGCUGUCACUAUGUCUUGAUGAAGACAAGCAAGACUCAGAGACUUCCUUGUGUUUUGGGACUUCAGUCAGGUUACCUUAUGUGUUAAAACUGUGCCAGUUAAAUAAACUAAAACCCAUUCUUGGUGACUAGCUGCUGCCCCGUGCUAGUCCGAGACAAGUGAGGGAAUAGACAAUUGUUUUUUAAUUUUAUUAUUUUUAUUAUUAUUAUUAUUUUUACUUUCCAGUGAACUAAUACCUGUUUCCCCCUGCUCCCAUUCCUCGGGCUGAGCUACGCUAGUCACAGUCUGAUGAGACAAUGUUCUCAUCCAGCUCUCAUGAAGAAAGCAAAGUGUACCUCCCAAAAUGUUGAACUGUCCUUAAAGUUAUCAAAAUGCCUGUUUUUACUCAUUGGCUUUCAAACCCGAGAUUUUUAUUAACUUUGAACAUAAAUCCCAAGUUUAAUGCUUUGCUUAAAGUUGCUGAAGUUCUUUCUUUGACAUAAAUUAAGCUUUUACAUGGUUAAGAGCAUUUUGGACUUAACACCUCGUGACACUAAUAAUACCAGCUGUAGUGAAGCUUCUCACGGUCAGCUUGCUGUUCUUAUUGGUGAGCCGUAUGUAUGAUAAAUGCAUGCUUGCGUGCAGAAUUUGCAAACAUAACAGUAACCACGUUUGACACAGAGGAUCGUGUACACAUUGGACUGUGGGUGACAUUAAUUAGUUGUUUACAGCCGUGUACAAGUGCACAGACUUCAGUGCACUUUACCUGGGAACUCACCUCCCCCUCCGCCUCUCAUUCACUUUUCACCAGCAUCUCACCAAAAACCCUGUUCACACACACAUACUAACACACAAACGCUCUGUAAACAGCAAGAGAUUAUGCACUCUACGGUUUUUACUUUGCAUUCAUGUGACCAAACUGAGAUUUUUUUUCUUUGACUUUAUUAAGGCUGUAUGGGUGAUCCAGUAGAUAUACUUUAUAGUAUGUGAUGGCAGCCUAGUAUUUGCUAAGGAAUGUAUUCUAAAGCCUUUGCACCAUCCCUUUAUUUUUACUUUUCUGUACAGAUUCAAACCGUAUGGUUGCUGGUAAAACACUGCCUGUUACAGCCAGGUUUAAGUACAGUGUACAGUAGUACAUACACUAUAUGUUUUUCAUUGAUUUGACAAUCAGAUGUAACAUAUUGUGUUCUUGGCACAGGUGAAGACGUCACAGGAGUGCUAUGCCUUGAAAUCUAGCUAAAUGUCCAUGCAACACCCAAAAUUACUGUUUACCAACUAGUCUUACUUUGUGUACUACAACUACCUUCCUUGCUUCAUCUAAACAGGGUUAAAUUGUAUGAUAUUGUUUGAAUUUAUUAUGUUACUACUGUGCUGUUAGCAAACUGCCCACUAGUGAGCACGAUUCCCAUUCCUGAGCACCGCACAUCAGAAAAGCCUGUUGCACUGUGUGAUGUGAAUAUGGCAGCCUCAGAGCUUUGGUUAACCAAUAGAUUUGGUUAAAGGACAAGAUUGGAAAAACACCAAGAAGACAUGACUUAUUGAAAGAUUCUAUGGGAAGAAACAAGCUUAUAUCUCAUUAGUCAUUGUGGAACCCCACUAUAACCACCAUCGUUCAGUAGUUCCAAAAAAUAAAUAAAAUGAGAUUUAAAACAUCAUUUGUAAUCUUACAGACUCCAAUCUUGUAAGCCAUCCUGUGCAAUGAUGAUGACAUUGAUGGUGGCCAAUCUUCAGUUCAGAUCCAGUCUCUCCCUUAUUGUAAUCUUAAAGACGUAGUCAUCCUUAUUUGCAUUCAUUCAUUUGCAUACAUCUGAGAACUGAAUAUAAAGAUUGCUAGCAAAUGAGAAGAUUUAGCACAAAGGCUGGAAGCAGGAGAAACAACAAGCUUGGCUCAGGCUGAAUUUUAAUAUUUCAGUAUAUGCCUAUCAGUACCUCUAAAGAUCACACUCUAUCUUGUUUGUUUAAGCAGAAAAGUAAAUUCAGGCUGUUAGGUAAACUAGGCUGGCAUGCUGCAACUAUUUCUUGGCGACCAUUGGCUUGGCUUUCGACAGUCUUAUCACAGUGAGACUGCCAGAUUUGGUCCUAUUGUCCCUGUACACAGACAUACUGAACUAACAGUGGAAUCCAAAAUGAUGCAUGGAAGAUAUGAAUCAAGGUUAGCUGUGCAGACAUCUUGACUAGAGCUGUGUACUUAACUCACAGACAAGAGCUCAAUGGAAUUUUGGAAUGGAAUAGAAUGGAAGCUCCUGAUCCCCAUGGCUAAAUUUCACAGCUUUAUUGAAUAAAUGUUAUUUAUUUUAUAUAAUAUGUGUAAGGGAUUCAAUUUUAUUUGAUGUGAUUUUAUUGAUUGGUUAAUAAAUAAAUA